AAGCCUUACUUACCACAGUUUAUUAUAUGUUUCAUGCCCAUGAUAAUUACUUUUAUAAGCCACUCAUGAAUACAUUGAUCAGAUUAGGAUGAAUCACCUGGCUGGCCAAUAGUUAUUGGAAUGACUCUCUACGUGUGACUUGGUUGUGUUAUUACAAAACGUGGAAGAAUAGACCUGCCCAGCCAUUGGGGCAGUUUUCAUUUGUCAUGCUGUCUUAAGGAGAUGAAGAGAUGAGAGCAAACUGUUCCCGCAGCUCAGCCUGCUCUGCUAACACUUCGGAGGAAGAGUUGCCCGUGGGACCAGAGGUACAUGGGAACCUGGAACUUGUUUUCACAGUGGUGUCAGCCGUGAUGAUGGGCCUGCUCAUGUUCUCCUUGGGAUGCUCUGUGGAGUUCCGGAAGCUAUGGUCGCACAUCAGGAGACCCUGGGGCAUUGCUGUAGGACUGCUCUGCCAGUUUGGCCUCAUGCCUCUCACAGCCUAUCUCCUGGCCAUCAGCUUCUCUCUGAAGCCAGCCCAAGCCAUUGCUGUUCUCGUCAUGGGAUGCUGCCCAGGCGGAACCAUCUCGAAUAUUUUCACCUUCUGGGUUGAUGGUGAUAUGGAUCUCAGCAUCUCUAUGACGACCUGUUCCACUGUGGCUGCCCUGGGAAUGAUGCCGCUCUGCCUGUAUCUCUACACCUUGUCCUGGAAUCUUGGGCAGAAUCUCACCAUUCCAUAUCAGAAUAUAGGAAUCACCCUUCUGUGCCUGACCAUCCCCGUGGCCUUUGGUGUCUAUGUGAAUUAUAGGUGGCCUAAGCAAUCCAAAAUCAUUCUCAAGAUUGGGGCCAUUGUUGGUGGGGUCCUCCUUUUGGUGGUCGCAGUUGCUGGUGUGGUCUUGGCAAAAGGAUCUUGGAAUUCAGACAUCACUCUCCUGACCAUCAGUUUCAUCUUCCCUUUGAUUGGCCAUGUCACGGGCUUUCUGCUGGCUCUUCUUACCCACCAAUCUUGGCAGAGGUGCAGGACGAUUUCCUUAGAAACUGGAGCUCAGAAUAUUCAGAUGUGUGUCACCAUGCUCCAGUUAUCUUUCACUGCCAAGCAGUUGGUCCAGAUGCUUAGCUUCCCACUGGCCUAUGGACUCUUCCAGCUGUUGGAUGGAUUUCUCAUUGUUGCAGCAUACAAGAUGUACGAGCGGAGAUUGAAGAAUGAACACAGAAAAAAGAACACAGGAUGUAAAGAAGGCUGCCAUAACAAGAAAUCCACUUCUCCCAAAGAGACCAGUGCUUUUUUGGAGGUGAAUGAAGAAGUUGCCAUAACUUCUGGGACAUCAGUGCCGAUGGAUCUGCACACAGCCCUUGAACCAAGUGGCCACAUCUCUUCUUGUACCUCGUAAGGGUUGCUGGCCUGACUGGGUCUCCAUCUUCCUCAACGGCCAGUAAAGACAGUGCAGAGCUGAUGUGUGGAUCUCAUUGGCAGGGCCUGUGGGAAUAUUUGGAUAUUUAUA